AUGACAACCACUGGUUCAACCAUCAUGAAUUUCGCUGACACUAUUCCAAUUCCCGGACGCAACAGCCUCCUCUGGCCAAGAGCUUCUGCCUUGAGCUUGCUGGGACAGUACGAGAUGACUAGAUAUGACCAUAAAAAAAGCCUAUUUGAACACAUUCAACGCUACCGCGGAUCGCAGGAAUGGAACCAGGUCGAUGCAUCUGGGUACACCCCCCUUAUAAAUACUCGCAGAUACACGACUCGUACGAGUCUUCAAGGUGCUGCGCAAGGUUGCCGAAUGGCAAUGGUUGAGUUGAUCUGCAUUCAUAAUGCGCGUGCUGUGGCGCAGAACAGAGCCGUUCAAGCCCAACAACAGAUUGAGAAAGAGGAAGAGGAAGAAUGGGCGAGAGCCAUUGUCGCUAUCAAGGCGAAGCAGGAAAGAGAUGCUGAUGAGUAUUCUCAAUCGCAAGCAGCAAAUAGAAUGAGGUUGUGGGAGAGAAGAUAA